CCCGACACUGGAAAGGGCCAAAAACCACGUUAAACCAGGGAUUCUGGAAACGUCGCAGGAGAAGAAAGCAACUGAUCAAAGCUCCUCCCAAACUGCGAUCAAAUCGAGCCGGAGAAGAAAAUGGUGGUGAUCGAACCCGAACCCGAGAAGGAGGUCGCCGAGAAAACUUCGGAUGCUGCAAAAGCAUCCGCUAGCCAUUCGACGGUUAAUGGGGACUCCGACGGCUUCGAGACCGCCAGCGAAGGCGACGUCGACGCCGACGCCGACGCCGACGAUGCCGCUGGUGACGGCAGCGGCGGCGGCGGCGUUGACCUGAAUCAACACCAGGAACCACGAGAAGGGAACGAUGCUGCGGUGGAACAGUCGACGUCUCCAAAGGACGAUUCUCAAAUUGUUGCCGCGGACGAUGAGUCGAAUCAGAUUGCCUUAGCACAAGCAAAUGAAGCAAAGUUGGAAGGUAACAAACUGUUUGCCAAUAGUCAAUAUGAGGAGGCAUUGUUAAAGUAUGAGCUCGCCUUAAAGGUUGCUCCAGACAUUCCUGCAUCCGUGGAAAUAAGAUCUAUAUGUCAUGGAAACCGUGCGAUAUGUUUAUUGAAAAUGGGUAAGUAUGAAGAUACAAUCAAGGAAUGCAACAAAGCAUUAGAAUUGAACCCUACAUAUAUGAAAGCAUUGGUCAGAAGAAGUGAAGCUCACGAGAAGCUAGAAAAUUACGAAGAAGCUCUAGCUGAUAACAAAAAGAUUUUGGAAAUGGACCCUUCAAACAACCAGGCUAAGAAGGCCAUUGUCCGCUUGGAGCCACUUGCUGCAGAAAAAAGAGAAAAGAUGAAGGAAGAAAUGAUUGCGAAGCUGAAAGACAUGGGGAACUCCGUGUUGGGCAGAUUUGGGAUGAGCACUGACAACUUCAAAGCUGUUAAAGAUCCAAACACUGGCUCAUAUUCGAUCUCAUUCCAACGCUAGCCCAGUUUUUUGGUGAUUAGUAAAUGGUAUCAUGUUCAUCUUAGAAGCCGGUGGAGAUGGAGAUGGAGG